AUGUUGAAAGCCGCACUUUCUUUCAAUCUGCGGCAUCUUCGAUUCGUUUCCGUCAAAACGAAGCUGAAAGACUACAAAUUUCCAGAAAUUCGAAAUGAAGACUGCGAGCAGCAUUACAUGUCCGGUUGGGGUCCCGGCGGUCAGAAGGUGAACACCGCGCAGAACGCCGUCCAAAUGAGGCAUAUCCCCACAGGGAUCAUUGUAAAAAUCCACGAGUCCCGGCUCUUAUCGAAGAACGUGGAGAUCGCCUUCGAGCGUAUCAAGCACGCUGUCGAUCGACAUCUCAACGGUGAUAACUGUUACGAAGAGCAGUACAAACGAUUGCUGAAGGAGAAGGGCGACAAGGCCAAGAAAAGCCGGGACAAGCACCGGAAGCUGAAGGAGGAAUACCAACAAGAGCUCGACGCACAAGGACAAAAACCGUGGGACAAAACAACCGGAAAAGAAGAUGACAAGUGCGCA